AUGGAAAACAACAGCAGAUUUGAAACGCCCACCAAUGUCUCAUUGGUUACUGGCACGGACUCUGUGUUCAGGUCCAUUGAAUACAAAACCAUCUCUGUGUUUCUGGUGCUGCUCAUCUGUGGGAUAGGCAUCAUUGGCAACAUGAUGGUGGUCUUGGUGGUCCUCACCACUCGUCACAUGCGUACCCCCACAAACUGCUACCUCGUGAGCCUGGCCGUGGCUGACCUCAUGGUGCUGGUGGCGGCUGGGCUGCCCAACAUCUCAGACAGCCUCUCUGGGACCUGGGUCUAUGGGCACGCUGGCUGCCUGGGGAUAACCUACUUCCAGUACCUUGGAAUUAAUGUAUCCUCCUGUUCCAUCACAGCCUUCACUGUGGAAAGGUACAUCGCCAUUUGCCAUCCAAUGAGAGCGCAGACAGUGUGCACAGUGUCGAGAGCCAAGCGCAUCAUUGCCUUUGUCUGGGUCCUGACCUCAGUCUACUGCAUGCUGUGGUUUUUCCUGGUCGACAUCAAUGUCAACAAAGACAACAAAGUUGAGUGCGGGUACAAAGUGUCUCGGGAUCUCUAUCUGCCCAUCUACCUCAUUGACUUUGCCAUCUUCUAUGUCACCCCCUUGCUUAUGGCAAUCGUGCUCUACGGGCUGAUUGCGCGCAUUUUGUUUCUCAACCCCCUCCCGAACCGGGCUGACACCACCACUGAGCGCUGGCAAGGCAAGAGUGGAAAGCAGAAGAACGGAUCAGAACCAGGCAGCAGUAAAACCACCAAUCGCCCACAGACCAAGAGAGCUCCCUCUUCAAGAAAGCAGGUCACAAAAAUGCUGGCUGUUGUAGUCAUCCUCUUUGCCUUGCUGUGGAUGCCCUAUCGAACCCUGGUCCUCGUCAACUCCUUCAUUGAGAAGCCCUAUCUGAAUGCCUGGUUCCUCUUGUUCUGCCGGAUGUGCAUCUACGCCAACAGCGCCAUCAACCCUGUCGUGUACAACCUCAUGUCCCAGAAAUUCAGGUCGGCUUUUAAGAAGCUGUGCAAGUGUGGAGAGGAGGAGACACAGAGACGCACCAUGUACUUGACGCCAGUGAACUACAGUAUGGUGAGGGACACAGUGACCGGGAGCCCUGAGGUGAAUGGGAAGAAAACAGACAAAAAACAGGAGGCAGAAGGAAAAGGGGGUCCUUCUCAGAGGCUUCAGGCCACUGUCAGUGUAGACGAGGAGAUUUACUUCAGUGUGGUUUAA